ACCCCCACUCCCACUUCCCCAGAUUCCUCUCACCCUCUGUUUCUCUCCCUUUUCAUUUCCAUUCCAUGCGACCCGCCGUCUCGAUUUCAACGACCCACAAUCAGAUUCAGAUAUGAGUUGCAACGGCUGCCGUGUUCUCCGAAAAGGAUGCAGCGAAUCCUGUAUUCUUCGCCCUUGUUUGCAGUGGAUUGACACUUCCGAAGCCCAAGGCCACGCCACCGUCUUCGUCGCUAAGUUCUUCGGCCGCGCCGGCCUUAUGUCCUUCAUCUCCGCCGUCCCUCAAUCUCAAAGACCUUCUCUGUUUCAGUCCUUGUUGUUCGAAGCCUGUGGACGGACGGUUAAUCCGGUGAACGGAGCCGUUGGCCUUCUUUGGACUGGGAACUGGCAUGUCUGUCAGGCGGCGGUGGAGACGGUGCUGCGAGGAGGUACUUUGCGCCCGAUGAACGAGUUUCUCGCCGGAGGAGGAUCUCCGUCCGACGAAACGUCGUCUGAGGCUGAAGUGGCCUGUACCGACAUGUGGAAGCUACGAGAUUCUUAUCCCAAUUCUCGAUUCUCCAAUUCGCGAUCCAGGCUCUCUCCCAAGCGGAAGCGAUCGGAUCAGGAAUCCACGACGAAGCAGCAACUCAACGACCUAGAUCUCCGCUUGACGCCCAUUUUUCCGGCGAAAUCGACCCGGCGGGCGGGAACUCCGUCGAUGAAUUCGGAGGAAUCCGAGACCACCACGUGCUUCGAGAGCGGCCUCGGGGAUCACCAUCAUCAUCAGUAUCCACAACCAGAAGGCGGCCAACGGAAGCUUCUGAAUUUGUUCGUCUAAGAGAGCUGAAUCAAGAAGAAAGAGAUUUCAACACGGUAGCUUGUUUCUGUGAAUCUGAGGUUCAGACCCGCGAAGCCCUGUUGUAAAAUCCAAUCUCCAUAUUUGGCCAUUUUAAAAUUUUUUAUUUUUGUUGUCGUUUUAUCAAGGAAAUCCGGAAUUUUGUCGGGAAGUGAAGAUUCCGGCGAGUUUUUGUAAUACCCACCGGCACAGGAUUUCACUCGUCGGUCGAUGGUAGUAGAGAAGAGGAGUGAGAAAUGAGCGUCUGUCGGUGGUCCCUUGAAUUUUUUGUGGGUUUUUCUUUGGUUUUGUUUUGUAAUUUAGCUGUGACUGUGACUGAAUAAAAAUCCAAUUUGGGGUUUCACU